AUGGCUUCCAGCUCAGGCUUAACAAGAAGAAGAGGUGGUGCUGGUCCUGCUGCUGGUCUUGAGAGCGAGGAUGGAAGUCGUGUCAGCUCUCCUGCCCCUACCAACAAGCGCAACGACGAGAACAGAGCCGGAGGUCUUGAGACAUCAUACGAAAGCGGUGCAAAUGGACACAAGAUUGCUUUCGACCCUCGCGAUAUCAGCGAAAGUGCCGAGAGACUCAAGCAACCCAAGUUGACACUAAUGGAGGAGAUUCUGCUUAUGGGUCUCAAGGAUAAGCAGGGCUACCUCUCUUUCUGGAACGACAACAUCUCGUAUGCUCUCAGAGGCUGUAUCGUCAUCGAAUUGGCUUUCCGUGGACGAAUCAGCAUGCAAAAGGAUUCCAACAGAAGACGCUUCCCCCUGGCCGAUAGAGUGAUUGAGGUCAUUGACGACACGCUUACCGGCGAGGUUCUGCUUGACGAGGCACUCAAGAUGAUGAAGAGCAGCGAGAAGAUGAGCGUGAGCUCGUGGAUAGACCUGAUGAGUGGCGAGACAUGGAACCUCAUGAAGAUCGGCUACCAACUCAAGCAAGUCCGAGAACGCUUGGCAAAGGGACUGGUCGACAAGGGCAUUCUGCGUACCGAGAAGCGCAACUUCCUGUUGUUCGACAUGGCAACUCAUCCCGUGGCUGAUGGCGGUGCAAAGGAUGAGAUUCGUCGUCGUGUCCGUAACGUUCUGACCAACCGUACUGUCGUCCUACCACCCACGGAAUACCUGCCCGAAGAGAUGGAAUUCAGAUAUCUGCGAACCAUCGCCAUGGUUUGCGGAGCAUACGCUGCCAACGUGCUGGAGAACGCAUUGACAACACUGCAACACGAGGCACGCGAGAGAGCAUUUGCACAGGUGGACGAGCUGCUGGCCGAGUACUCACAAUACCCCUUUGCACGAAGGACAGGAGGACCGGGAAGUAUUGGAGCCAACCUGGGACAAGUGGUUAUGGACGAGGUCAACAAUGCAAAGGACAAGGAGUUGCAACUUGAGGUGGUGGCUGCUUGCUUGAGUGUGUUUACGAGAUUGGACUCCCUACUUUAG